CGACGUACGCUUGGCCUGGAGCGAAAAUAUUUUCGCCGACAUUUAAAGUUGCGUGGACGAUAAUGAUAUGGAAAUAUGUUAGAAAAUAUUCGGAAAAAACAGGAAAGAAUCGCGAUGGCAUGAUCAAACGACCUUCCAAUUCAAACAUCUUAUAUACAAACACGCUUAAUAAACAUUUAGACCCGGUCGUCAAAAAAAUAUGUAAAGAUCAUCGAGUGAAAAUUGCUCAAGUACAAUUCAUGUCUCAUGAAUCGAUGAAUAACUCUUCGAAUCCGCAUUUACAAGCUCAAGGCAACUUCGUGUCUCAAAAUGAUCAUAUCGAUACCACACAACGUACAUACGUGAAUUUCCAGGAUUUUUAUGAUUCUGAAAAUUAUGAAAUGGGGGAUAAAUCCGAAGAGUCGAAUCAACUCCCGGAAUUUAAUGUAAAACCAAUUCCACAAGAAUUUACUAUUGCUAAUCCCGAUUGGCAAGGCAAACUUAAGUCGUCCAAGAACGAAUUUCCUAACGAAGAACAAUUUAAAAUCAUUAAUAAAUUUAACCGGGAAGAAAUAUUCAACCACAAAUACGAUAUACCGAAUUUAUUCUCCAAAUUUUAUAAACUUGAUACCACGCCACUUGAUCAAAUAGUGUCAAAAAGACCUGUAAACAGCUUCAUGAUACUUAGGCUCGUCUUAGGGUUGGUAGCUGCUAAAGGAGGGAUUAAAAGAGAACUUGGAGAUGGGACACAACUAAGCAAGAUAGCGGGGUUUAUUUGGGGAGGAGCAGAUCCUAGCGAGAAGAAAAUGUUUGAAGAAUUGUCUACGCAGUUCAAGGAAUUUCACAAAUUAUUUUUCCCUAAUUACAAAUAUAAACCGACACCAAAGGUUCAAGCUGUUGGUAGUACUUUCGAAUGA